UAGAAAUUUUUCCCAUUUUAAAGAUCUCUCUUAUCGUGAAGCGAGGAAACUUCCUUCGAGUCGCGGCCAAGCCCAAAGUUUCUUCCAUUCCUCUCUUUCUGGGUUUUGACCAACUCUCUCUCUUCCUCGUCUCAGCUCUCACCCUCUAUUUUAGGGCUUCGAUUCUAUCUUCCAAUUUCGAUUUGAUCAGAAAAUUUGUAGGGUUAGUGCAGAAGGAAACUUUGUGAGGAACUUCUUCGGUUCUUAUUUAUUUUGGAGAGAUGGAAGAAACUCUCCUGUGAUCGUGAGUUUGAUUUCGAAGUGUUGAUUCUACUUCAUCUGGUCUUCGGGUUUUUGAGAGCAGUUAUUGGCUAAGUAGGACCUCAGAUCUAGAGAAAUGAGGGUGUCAAAGAUCUCUCAUGACGAUUUUGCAUAUACUAAAUGGCCUCCUGGUUUCCGAUUCCAUCCCAACGAUGACGAAUUAGUUCUCUACUAUCUGAAGAGGAAAAUCUGUCGCCGCCGCCUAAGAGACAACGUCAUUGGAGAGCUUGAUGUAUACAAGUGGGAUCCUGAAGAAUUGCCUGCUCAAUCGAUGUUGAAGACAGGUGAUAGGCAGUGGUUCUUCUUCAGCCAUAGAGAUAGGAGGUAUCCAAAUGGAGGAAGAGUGAAUAGAGCAACCAGGCAUGGUUAUUGGAAGGCAACUGGCAAGGACCGCAAUGUCAUUUCGAACAAUCGCACAGUUGGGGUGAAGAAGACGCUCGUCUUCUACAAAGGUCGUGCUCCUAGUGGUGAACGCACUGAUUGGGUGAUGCAUGAGUACACCAUGCCCGAAGAGGAGCUUCAGAGAUGCCCGACACGGCAGGAUCCGUGUGCACUUUAUAAGGUUUACAAGAAGAGUGGCCCCGGUCCCAAAAAUGGUGAGCAGUAUGGGGCAACCUUCAGGGAAGAUGAAUGGGCUGAUGAGGAUGACCCUGUUGAUGCAGUUCCGAUUAAUGGAAUCUCUUCUGCUGAUAGAAUCGUCGCUUAUGACCAAGGCCAGCUGCCAGAGAGUGAUGUAGAUGAGAUUUUUGGGCAAAUUGUGGAUGAUCCGAUAAUAAAUCAACCGCGAAUCAAUGACUUCACCCACGGUUUUCCCCAGGUUGGGGGUGAAGAAGAAAUGAUGAGUACUAUGGUGGACUCAUCACUUGGAGAAGCCAUUUCUGUUGAACCAAGAAUAGUUUUGCAUCCUGGUGGCCAACAUUCUGUUGCGCAGGCUAGCUUUGAGGUCACACUGUCAGCUACCAAUAAUAUGUAUUCAUGUGACGGCCUUGAGGUCACAUCCGCCUCCACUAUCUCUGAACAGCCUCCUCAAGAAGAGGAAGCUGAUUACCUAGAAAUUAAUGAUCUCUCGGAUCCAGAACCCACAACAACAACAAACUCAGCCUCACCCCAACUUAAUGGGACAACAAACUCAGCCUUACCCCAACUUAAUGGGACAACAAACUCAGCCUUACCCCAACUUAAUGGGGGCGGCUACAUGGAUUCAGAACUUCACUUUCCAGGAAUAGGGAAUGAUAGCGAGAACUUGCAUCUUCAGGAAAGGGAUGGAUGGGAUGGACAUGACGUUUACUUUGAUGCUGUGAUGUUUCUUCAGGACUUGGGAUCUGAUCAGGGGAUGGUGCCGUCCCAUAUAGAUGAUACAGAUAACAUUAGCAGUGAGCUUUGGACACAUGAGCAAAGACCCAACAUAUUUGCGUCACCUGGAUCUGAACAGGUUGUUGUUGUGCCGCCAACUUCAGGUUUUGCAUAUGCUGGUAGUUCUACAAACAUUCUUGUUGAAGCAAGACAGAAUCAAGGUGGCAAUGAGAAAGAACCUCAAAAUUAUGGGAACAGUUCUACACUCUGGGGCUUUUUGGAAUCAAUACCAACUACUCCUGCAUUUGCCUCAGAGAGUGCUUUUAUAAAUCGUGCAUUUGAUCGAAUGCCGAGCUUUGGUAGGGUACGAAUCAAUCCCGUUAGCAUGGAUGCUGCUGCUACAGGUGAUGGCACAUCUACUGGGAGGAGGGCAGGUGGAAGUAGGGGUUUCAGCUUCCUUCCAGUCCUUGGGAUGACGGCAGCGGCUGUGCUAAUGCUAAGUGUAGCUGUGAAAGUUUACUUUCUUUAGGUUUGUCCCAUCGUAAUUAUGUAAAGAAGUAUCUUGUCUCUUUCCAGGGGCUCCUUACAGGAAGACGAGAAAACCCUAGUGCAUAAGGUCUGAAAAUAAAGUAUCUGAACAUAGAAUUUGAGUUCAAACAAAAUGAUUGUGUUGGUUCGGCAACUAGUUUGCCUCCUUUGACUUUGACCAGGAAAGGAAACUGCUUGCUUCUUUAGGAAAACCACAAUUUUGUACCUCUCUGAGGUAGGGUUUGGUUGUUUCCAAUGAAAAAAAAAAAAAAAAGGAAGGAAAAGACGAUGUUGUCAAAAGAAUGUGUGUUGUCUGCUUGUAUCAGAAAUUCUGAAUAGAAAAGGGAGAAUUACAGGUGGUAGGCCUUAUUCUGUUCCUUUGUUUAUCA